GCUCGCUGCUCGGUGUUCCUGCUGUUGUUGUAGUUGUGUGUGUAUGUGUAUGUGUAUGUGUGUGUGCAUGGAGGUACAACUUUCACGAGGAACUGGGAUAGUGUCGAUAUAUAGAAAGCAUCGUCCUACUCGCUCGGUCUUCAUUGAACAGCGCGCGUGCGUGCAUGCGUGUGGGGUGUGUACGCACAUCCGUGUGUGAGCGCGCGCUGUGUUUCCCGGCUAUCGAUUGACCGUCUCGUGUGAUAUAGAACCGUAGAAUUAUUACAGCCUGGGAGAGUCCUUCGUUCCAGGAAUAUUGUGUGUUGCAAUCUGUGGAGUGCGGACAUUUCAGGAGGGUUUCUGAAUCAUUUUCUCCUUUUGAGAGACGGAACGCUUUGUGGAGUGUAAUUGUGACUUGGUCUCACCGCUGGUAAGGUCGUAGCUUUGAACACGGAACACCAGAGAGUAUUCUGGUUAUGUUUGAAUACGUGAUGAUGUAACCCUGCUCUGCCAGCAUGAGGCAAUGACACAGCGCACACACUCGCAGACAAGAUGGCUCCACCGAACAGAUCGUGUCACUCGCACGGACACCUUCCAAACGCCCACCACAAGGGCUAGGCACCAAAAGCACAGCUACCCGGACCUUUACCCGAGGACAUUUUUCUGGUUCGGGUUACCUAAGGAGCUUGCCGAGCACCCUCAACGCCCUGCUGGAGUCUGUGGAUUUAAAAGAACAUCAACUCCUCAUCGGCUUGUUCCGCAUAUUAUUGACAAAUUCAGGUUUUUAGACUCCAACCUCGACCAAUAUGGCUGCCACCACAGAGACUUGUUCGGGAAUCCUCAAAAUCUCCGUUAUUAUCCAUCACCUCAAAUCGGAGGCGAACGUUCUGGAUAUCUAACAGAAGGCCCGAACAGAAUCGUGUCCCCGUCGGGCACAUCUCUUCUCACCUCCCCCGCCUCUGUGGACUUUCUCUUGAUCUACGUCCUUUUCUUUCUCUUCUCUCUCCACGCCCUACUUAUCCUUCUCGCCGUCUCCUUCACGGGUUACACAGGAAUGGGAAACGAGGGAAGCGUCCCAUCCUCUGAAGAAAGCACGCCCAUCUCUGAGUACCCGUCUAUGUACUCCAUCCAUUCCCGAGUCAGGUCAUCUGUAGAAAGCACGAGAGCGCCAUCGCCAAUGGAGGCCCCCGAACCGGAUUUGAGCCACCUGACGGCUGAGGAGAUCGCCCAGAUCAGGAGCGUCAUGGAGAGGGCGAGAAAUUUGCAGCAGGAAGAGUCCAACCGAGCUAGAAAACUGGAAGAAGAGUACGUGGACUUUGCCACGAAGAUCGAGCGGGAGGCGUCCCUGUCUGAGCUGAGUGAGGCAGGAGCUCCCCUUUGCCCUGUGUGCAACAAGGAGGAGCUACAGCUCAAUGAGGACGGCUCCAGGCCCAGCCUCAACGUCUGUGUCGACUGUGAGAAGAUGACGUGUCCCAAAUGUGGCGCCUACCACACCUCGCUGGCUACCAAGAUCCAGGAGUGGGUGUGUGUAGUCUGUGACAAGCGCCGGCGCCUGGUGAUGACCACCGGCAUGUGGUACCACGGACACCACCCGGAGAACUCUCUGCCCCUGGAGAAGCAGAUUGUGGACACCGUCAAGACCGUGGAAAAACGAUGACUCCAAAGUGAGUCCGAUGCUUGGAAACAGUCGAGGAAUCGAUGAAUACUUUAUGACGAUUGUGACCAAGAGAUGGAUGAAUAGUGGGGUGGAUGCGUCCGAUCGAUGGACGAACAGACUGAGCCUCGAAGGUGUGAACCAGUGGACAAUCCAGUAGUGCGAUGCGAAAAGUGCUUUGACCACUCUGAUGUCAACGAGUGCGUUCGGGCUCUAUACCACUAACAACAGUUGUUCCUCUUUGAGAGACAGGAUGGAAAGGAUAGUUAAUGUUGUUGUUGUUUUUGUUGUUGUUUCUGUUGUAGUUGCUGUUGUUGUUGUUGU